ACACGCAGCGGGAUGACGACGGCGGAGAGGCCGGUGGCCAGGAGCGGCGUGACGCAGACGAGGAGCAGACAUCGGAAGGUCUGCCUAGCCCUCAGCGAGAGAAAUGGCAGCAGCUGGAGCGACAGCACCAGCAGCUGUGGCAGGAGCUGGAGUCGCGGGGCUACGGGGAGAAGAGGAGUCUGAACGAGCAGCAUGAUGAGGAGUGCCAGCGUCUGGAGCGACAUCAUGAUGAGAUGUGGUGGCAAAUGAAAACGCGGCACCAUGAGGAGCGAAAAGGGCUUCAUCAGCUACACGACAGUGCUGUCAGGUGCGUGGAGCUGCAGACUCAGGGACAGUCGCAGCUCCUUGUAGAGAAACGUCAAAGGCAAAUUAAGCUGCUGAAUCGGAGGAAACGUAGGCAAUGUGCAGUGCUGGAGCGAAAGCACCAAAGCGAGUGGGACGACCAGCAGCAGGAGUUCCAGAAGCAGUGGAACAAAAUGAAGCAGAGAUACCGACGAGAAACACAAGAGCUGGAGGAGAGAUACCCGAACAUCCGGACAGGGGAGGAGCUGGAUCGGCUGAUGGAGGAGUGCAGCAGGAGGCGUCAGCGGCUGGGGAAGGAGCUGGAGAAGGAGCUAGAGAACGAGGAGACACUUGCACGAGACCUCAAGAAGCAGGGGGAGCAGCAGCAGCAGCAGUCCGAACAGCAUCAGCAGCAGGAAGAACAGCAACAAAAGCAUCAGCAUCAACAACAACAGCAGCAGCGGAGGGAGGUGGCGGGUGUUCUGUCUGGUACCAAGGAGAAGGAGUUCAGUUUUGGAAGCGUUGAGUUUCAGACCAUGAGCAUGGAACCAUGA